CGGGCUUGUUCAUGUCCAUACGGGCUGCGUUACGCUGAGUUAGAAUUAUCAUUAACGAAAUUAACUCAAAAUUAAAAUAAAUACUUUCCCCACAGCAAUAGCCGUGUUUCUGUUGGAUUAUUGCAAUAAAUACUACAAAUACUAUAAUACAUGCCUUUGUCAUGACUGAAGUGAGGAAGAGUUUGUUGACAGACCUUUCUAGAAGGGAAAGCACAGGUGCUCCACCAGAGCCCCCCACAGGCCGGUCACGUGACACACCAGAGGGACUCAGGAGAAGAAACCGUGAACAGCGCGUGAGUGGCAGGCUCAGCAUGACGGACACCGAGAGAGCUGGUCUGGAGACCAAGGUGAAAGCCAUGACCUUCCAGUCCCAAAAAGAGAUGAUUGAGAAGAUGGAGGAAUCUUUUCAAAGCUGCGCCUGUUGCGAGAAGCGUCCAGAUCAACUUUCAAACUGCCAGAGCCUGAAGCGCUGUACCAGAUGUCUAAACGUGUACUACUGCGGUAAGGACUGCCAGAAGGAGGACUGGCCCAAACACAAGAGGUUCUGCCCUCAUCUGCGUCUGGCGGCCAUCGACAGAGUCGUGGAAUGGCUUUUAUUCAAAGGACACCUUCCAUUCCCGACAGAGAAGUGGUCGAAGCCCCAGUCAGAAGUCAAAACGUGGGCUGACUGGCUCUCGAUGCAGGGGGAUCUCACCGCCCGCCUCGACCCCAUUCUGAAAGGAGCAGCCAUGAGAAGCUUGUGGGCCGACGCCGGCAGGUCUCCGCCUGACGCCGAGGACCUGAAGGGGUCGCUGUGGAGGGUUUGCAGCGAGUUCUUCUCCAGGCCGCUGACCAUCGCCUGGGCGCUGAGAGUGUUCGGCCUCGACCCGUAUUCCAAACCUCUCACCGUCCACCUGGUGGGGGCGGGCCCCGCCGAGACUCUGGCCGCCCGGCUGACGGACUACGAUGAGCUGAACCACAUGUUCCCCGGGCACCAGGGCAUCGGGAUCGUCAUGGUGGGCCCCGAGGUGGUGGAGGGCCCCGUCGUGAGGCCUCCUCUCAUCGGGGCGACCCCCAAGCAGAGAGUCUACCUCAGCGCCCACAAGGGCCUCUACCACCAGUUCUGGGAAGACGUGGUGGAGAAAGAGGAGGCGGCCCGGCCGGACCUGGUGGUGGGAUUUCAUCCAGGAUUUGAUGCCAGUCAGGGCCUGGACCAGGGCUGGCUUCCAACCCUCCUGCUCCUCCGGGAUUACGAUAUUCCUUCCCUUUUCACUGCUGUCAGUGAGACGGAGAUGACCUACUCCCUGCAGAUCCUGCUGGAGUUGGAGAUGGACUUGAAGGGAAGCGGCGCCAGCCCCUUCGCCUCGCUGAAACCAGCAGCGGUGGGCUCGAGUCCCAACAAGCCUGCGGUCUACUGCAACUCCCACUACUUCUGCUUCCACGGCAUCCUGGAGACGGCGGAGGACGAGGAACCAGAGGCGGUCUGAGUGAGCCGGGAGCUGCAGGGCGUCUCUGGUGUCGCUCACCCGGAACGCUGGGCAUCCGGACAAUGAGGCAUUGAGAGUCUAUGCCUAUUUUUACUGAUAAUUAAAUCAUGCAACGUGUCUGAAUGCAUAUUAUUGUUAAAAUGUUAGUUUAUUUUCACAUUGGGAACAGCUAGAAGUAUUUGCUGUGACAUUUGCAUUCACUAUCUCAGUUUCAUGGCAUGUAAAUGCCAGAGAGGUGAGAUUUGGAUAAACUGUCUCUGAACUACUGUUGUGAGAGUGGAGAGGGAUUAUAUAUAUAUAUAUAUAUAUAUAUAUAUAUAUGUGAGGACACGCCGAUCAAGGGCAAGGAGAUCCAGCAUGUGUCCAGACGUGAAUGAUCUCCUUGUCUCUCUCCUCUCAUCCCUGCUCCCUCUUUCAUUUGAUGCUUUCUUUUUCUCUUUUUCCCUGCCUCCCAAGUUCUCAGUUUAUCGCUUUCUGUUUCUUAACUUAUUGUUUCACUGUACACUUUCACUGUGUGUGUGUGUGUUCAGACUGCUUUGUCCACUCUGCUUACACACCGCUUAGAGAUCAUUUCAAAAUACAUUAUAUGCUUAAAUUUUUCCAAAAUAAAUAAUUCACCAUUAUUUGUUAACUUUUUAUUAAGUACACAAGGAGUUUUUAAAGGAGACUGUUUUUGCACUCUUGCAGAUCUAAUAUGUGUGUGUCCAGUAUCUGGUGUUAAAACCCCUCGAGAUGCUGCAUCAAUAUUUAUAUUUUUUUAGCAAUUCAUGUCAAUACUUGUGGUGUAAUCGAUGCAGCAGACACAAAGUACAUUUACAUUUACUGUUAUGUGUUCAAAUGAACAUCCCCCAUCACGUUCUUCUCAUCUGUCAUAUCUGUUACCUUUAUUAUCGUCCAAGGAUCAUAAGCUGAAAAUAAAAUGUAUUAUUAUAGAUUUUUCCUAAACAAGAUCAACAUGUGUUUUGAAAAAAAGAUGUUAUCUUUAAAUUCAACUGCAAACUGA